AUGGCUACAAUUUCCUCUUCCCAAAAACCUCUUGAUGAUGAGGAAGACGAUGGUAAAGAGAGGACGUGCAAAAGGUACAGUGAGAUCAUUUCAACCCUUCCAAAGGAAAAAGGCUGGACAACUGAGCAUAUGUAUCAGUACCAGGGCUUUUGGUACCAUUCCGUAGUUGGCUUACAAGGAAUCAUGUGGGUGGAAGAACACUUUAAGCCACGACAUGAAGACCUUCUCUUAGUCUCCGCUCCAAAAUCGGGCACAACAUGGUUUAAAUCUCUCAUGUUUGCUAUUAUGAAUCGAGGCCAGUAUGAUUGCUCAACACAUCCUUUGCUCACCACCAGCCCUCAUGAGCUUGUUCCUUUCUCGGAAAUAUUCUUUCACCUAAACACCCCAUUCCCAAAUCCAGAUACACUUUCUCCUCCUCAAAUCUUCCAUACCCACCUCCCUUUUACUUCACUAUCUCAGUCUGUCCUAGAUUCUCAGUGUCGGAUCGUAUAUGUUUGUCGAAAUCCAAAAGACACGUUUGUCUCUUUGUUUCACUUCCUGCAGAAGAAGGAAGAGGAAAAUCCAAGAGAACCACUUUCCUUUGAAGAGGCAUUUGAGCAAUUUUGCAAAGGAGUUUCUGUGUAUGGCCCCUUCUGGGAUCACGUAUUGGGGUACUGGAAGGCAAGCUUAGAGUGGCCUGAGAGGGUCCUGUUCUUGAAAUACGAGGAUAUGAAGGUGGAUUCUUCAUUCCAUCUCAAGAGGUUAGCAGAGUUCAUGGGCUAUGCCUUCUCUUUAGAGGAAGAAAAACAAGGCUUGGUGAAAGAAAUUUUAAAGUUGUGUAGUUUCGAGAAUCAAAGUAAUUUGAGAGUUAAUAAGACAGGAAGAUUUCGAGUAGGGCACAUGAGCAUGGAGAACAAUCCAUUCUUUAGGAAAGGCGAGGUUGGAGACUGGAAGAAUCAUCUCACAGCUGAGAUGGCUGAGCGCCUUGACAGGAUCACAGGGCAAAAGUUGAACGGUUAUGAUUUGACAUUCCUGGAUACCUUAGAAAAGUGA